AUGGAUAAGGAUGUAAUAGAUUGGGAAUGUGAUUCGGAGGAUUAUCAGUCUGACGACUCCGAUAUUAAUUUUAUUCCCGGUUACAUGAUCGAAUGUUCUGAGUCAGGAAAAAAACGUUUAGAACUACAAGAAAAGCUCGGCAAAAGACUGGACGGCUCUGUAAAAGUGGACGAGUGGUGUCAGUGCGGAAAUUGUGAUGUGACGCUACUCGUAAACAAUAACGAAUGCCAUUGUUGUUUUGAACUUGAUGGAUGCCAUGAAGCAAUGAAAAGCGACGAAGUGAUUAGCGAUCUCCAAGCCGAAGGUAUAAUUAAUGCGAAAUGCAUCAUUCAACAUCCUGGAUUUAACUCCGUAUGCCUUGAAAAGUGGAGUUUGAAGAUGGCUGCCAGCAAGUUGAAAACGAAAAAUAAAAGCAAAUACACUAGAAUUUCAGGACAGAAUAGCUUUCUACGCAGCAUCUCCUAUAGAGAAUUUACAAGACUGGUAUAUGGUCUCCUUGGUAAUAGGCGAUUCCCACUACCUGCAUGUGCCUACAUGGCAAUAAGAAAAACAUUUCCAGUAGUUGAUAAAGAAAAUUUUACUGGAUAUUCUGAUGAUUCAGAUUAGUUAAAUUUUCCAAGAUGUAUAAAGAAUGCAAAAAUGUAAAAAAAAGCUGGGGUGAGAGUGCGUUGUAAAAUAUAGAUCUUAAAAGAG